GAAAGCAGUAUUACUCUAUUUUCAGUAACAGCUAUCUCAUACAUUGUCUUGCAAGUUUUGUAAAUACUUUCUGAAGCUGCUUCCGAGUGAUUAGAUUAUUUGGAUAUAUCUUGUAAGAUUGCAAGCUUCGUUAAUCUAGCACGUAAAGUGCAUGCUGUCUAUGCAAACAAGCCAUUUUUAACCAUUCUGUAUAUAAGAUAUUAUUGGUGUUAUCAAACCGUCUACAUCAAUAAGGAUAUGCUGAACAUGCUCCCUUCUUUCGCCGUUUUGUAUAUAAUUGUUACAUUACCUAAAUCUACGGAAGCAGGUUGUCCAUUGUCAGACCAGAUUGAAACAGUUAAUUCAUGCCCACAAACAGCUGCUGAAUGGAAAGAAGCAGCCACUAGAAAAAACUGUAAAACUACCUCACAUAACUGCUAUUCAUUGGAUUACCACUGUGUGAUUAAUGCGUGGAUGAACGAAACGAUUGAAGUAUGCGCACCCAAAGUCGUUAUCGUCGGAAUGGUUUGUGCCGAAUUCAAUUUUGGAGGUAACAGAAUACAGCGAAAUGACAAUGCAACCUGUCAAAAGUGUCCCACAGCCUAUAACUCAAGUGUUGCUUUUAAGUACCCUGAAUGUUAUGAAUACGUAGAGAGAUCAAAAGGGUUGGAUACAUCACAGAGUAACACAGAAUCUUCAUAUUCAAGCACAUAUGCUUACAAUAAAUCAUCUGAACAAGAUGAUGAACAAUUGCCAAUGGGGGGUCAGUUUAAUCACACGAAGAACGAAUCUUCAGUUGCAGGGCCUGAAGCAAUGAUAGUGAUUGGAUUAAGCCUGACGGUGGUAAUUGUAUUGAUUAUCUCCUCUGUGUUACUUCUCAUUCGUCGACGGCGAAUAAGACACCAAGAAACACGAGAUAUACAUGUAUGCUCAGCAGUGAAACGUCACUUACAAGAGGAUCAAAGAUCAGAGGAUCACCUUUUGACGACAGAUGACUAAAACCUUUAACAUGGGACAUGUAUUAAAAUAUUGUUUUGAAAAAAGUAUACAAGCAAAUGAUCUCAUAUUUUUAAAUGAAUUAAAAUGCUUAUCAGAAGCGUUAAAUCCCAUUUACUCAAUGAAUGCAGAUUUGUAAGUUAAAUUUUCAGUUAUAUGUUAUGUAUGUUUUUAUUAUGUAAUUUUGAUGUGGUAGCAUAAAGUUUGAUUAUUUGCUACAUAAUCGUGUAUUAUUUAGAUUAAAUAUUCUCUAUUUUUCCUUUUAUCAGCAUUUAUAUUCAUUAACAUUAAUAUAAUUAAUACAGAUUGUAUUCUCGUUCCAAUACAGGCAAAGACAAAAUAGUCUGAAUUUAUCAAAAAUUUAUACAAGUUAUACAUUGCUGAAAACAGUUUUAUGUUAUAUAGAUAAAUGGUAGUGUUCUUUAGUCUAAUGAAGUUUCGUUUUGAAAUAAUGGCAUAAUAGUAAUAUGCAUGUAUUAUUCUGUAAAACAGAAUAAUAAAGUAUUAUAGUGUAUUUUGCGUUUGAUCAGGAUUGCUGAUUGUUAUCACUAAUAUAAAAACUUGUGAAAGUAGUUACUGAAAUAGUCGUACAUUUCUAAUGUUUAAAUCUCUUUUCAAUGAUUUUUAACUGUCACAGUGCUGGAUGAUGCAAUUUUGUAUGUUUACGUUUAGAUAAUAAAAAAUAUAAACAUUUAUAUUAUUUCUAUGUUACACUUAAUCUGGGACACUUAUCACAUCUCGGUCGUUUGUGAAUGAAAUUUGAUUUACGACGAGCGGAUAAUGCGUGGGAAAAAUUAAAGGGAUUUAUGUUCGUCCU